AUGUUCAAAUUCAUUGCCGUCCUUGCUUGUGUAGCUGUUGCCGCUGCUGCUCCUGGUUUGGUUGCUGAAACCCACACUGUAGUUCAGCCAGCAGUGGUGGCCAAGACAGCCUAUGUGGACACCAGUGCUUCUUCUGCCAUAACCCAUCAAAGUUUCACCAACUUGGAGAGGAAAGUUGCUGUUGCUCCCGUAGUGCAAACUUAUGCUGCUGCUCCUGUUGUCAAGACCGUAGCUGCUGCUCCCGUGGUUCACACCUAUGCUGCUGCUCCUUUGGUCAAGACUGUGGCUGCUGCCCCUGUUGUCCACACCUAUGCUGCUGCUCCUGUUGUCAAGACUGUGGCCGCUGCCCCCGUGGUACAUACCUAUGCCGCUGCUCCAGUUGUCCACACCUAUGCUGCCGCUCCCGUAGUCCAUGCUGCUCCCGUGGCCUAUACUGCCUUCCAUUAA